AGGAGGACUGCCUUAACUCCGCCUCUGCUCGCAGAUCAUCUCCUUCUCCUCAGCCCCCCAAUGCCGAGGACAGAGAGAGAGACAGGGAAGGAGGAGAAGCACCAGGAGGGCACCCGAGCGAGAAGAAGCGAAGCGACCAUGGCCACAUCCACAGCGUCCCAGCACAGCACAGAGUCCCACCGCCGCGCACCUCUGCUCCCGUCCGCCGCCCCGCGGAGCCCGCAGACUCACCGCCGGAUGACUGCCGGCGAUGAAUGAGGUGCAGCACCUGGGCCGUGGACAAAAUGCGGGUCAUCUUCAUCCAGAACGCCGGUUUCGUCGCAGCUUUCUCGCCUUUCUCGUGAUGUUGGCCGCGUGCAGGAUGACAGAUGAUGCGAUCAUGCGUUCACCCACGCGCUCGUGGGGGAUCAGAUUGUUUUAAUGGGAUAGAGAGCGAAGGGUUAUUAUAGCCAAUACAUUACAUCCGAAAGCGUGUUCAGCUUCCGGCAUGCAGCCUGCUGCCGAAAUCUGAACACGGAUUAUUAGAUUAUGCUUUAUCAAUCAGUAGAUUAUGUUUGAAUCGAUCAUUUUAGACCGAUUUUGCCUCUUUGAGUCAAUUAGUGCAGGUAAUAUAAUAACAUAGGUGAGAUAAAACAUGCAUUUUAAAAGCGAUGGAAAUAACUUUUUUUUAACGAAGGCAAUCUAGAAAUGUUAGAUUCCACGCAUAAAAACAUCGCUAGUGGUAUUUUUUGUUAUUUAUUUAUUUAUUGUUGUUAAUUUUAGGCCUUUAAGUGUUAUCGUAUCAGUGUUUUUAAGUAGGUAGAAUCAAAGUAUUUAUCAGUGGAAGGGCUGUCAGGGGCGUUUAGACUGAAAUGGAGGCUGCGUAUUCGAAGCUUCACCGGGGGGCCACCAGCCCAGAGUCUCAGGGGGGCCCGGCAGGCGCAGCGGCCAAGCCACCUCCACCUGCCGGCGGCUCACCUGAGGAGACCCCGGCAAGCGGCGAUGGACACAGGAGCUUAGGCGUGAAGAAACACCACCACAAGCACAAUCUGAAACACCGCUACGAGCUGCUGGAGACGCUGGGGAGAGGCACGUACGGCAAAGUCAAGAAGGCCAUCGAGCGGCACUCCGGCAGAGAGGUGGCCAUUAAAUCAAUUCGGAAAGAGAAAAUCAAGGACGAGCAAGACAUGGUGCACAUCCGCAGAGAGAUUGAGAUCAUGUCAUCCCUCCGCCACCCACACAUCAUCUCUAUAUAUGAAGUGUUUGAGAACAAAGACAAGAUUGUGAUUGUGAUGGAGUAUGCCUGCAAAGGGGAGCUAUAUGACUACAUCAGCGAGCGUCGACGCCUGAGUGAGCGUGAGACACGGCGCUUCUUUAGACAGAUAGUCUCUGCUGUACACCACUGCCAUAAGAAUGGAGUGGUGCACAGGGAUCUAAAACUGGAAAAUGUGCUACUUGAUGAAAACGGUAAUAUUAAGAUUGCUGACUUUGGCCUGUCCAACCUCUACCAUAAGGACAAGCUGCUGCAAACCUUCUGUGGAAGCCCACUUUAUGCUUCACCAGAGAUUGUCAAUGGAAGACCAUACAGGGGCCCAGAGGUGGACAGCUGGGCUCUUGGGGUCCUGCUGUAUACCCUGGUCUAUGGAACCAUGCCAUUUGAUGGGGGAGACCACAAAAACCUCAUUCGCCAGAUCAGCAACGGCGACUACAAAGAACCCACUCAGUCCUCAGAUGCCCGUGGACUGAUCCGCUGGAUGCUGAUGGUGAACCCUGAGCGCAGAGCCACAGUAGAGGACAUAGCCAAUCACUGGUGGGUAAACUGGGGCUGGAAGAACAGCGUGUGUGACUGUGAGACCCAACGAGACCAAGGAGGCUCACCCAUGCUAGCCCGUUUCAUUGACUGGCAGAACCGCACCGAGCCACGUGGUACUGGAGCCAAGAUUUCAGCAAUGCCCCAAAUGCUGCGCCAGAGGCCCAAAAAGUGUAAGAAGGAAAACGUUGAGGCAGGACAGUUACAAAGUGGAGCAGAGGAAAAACCAGGUCUGAAGAGACCAAAGGGCAUUUUAAAGACCAGGGUAACAGAGGAGCAACAAGCUGCCGGUUUUGAUGAGGGGGAGCUUAAUAAAGCAGCGCUACCUCAGGAAGCAGAAGCUGAAGAGGAGACCUCAAACCCAGAGAGAGAUGAAGGGGACUUCCCCUUAGGUGGUGGUUCGCCAGCCAAGAUGGUGCCCUCUCUACCCAAGAAGGGUAUUUUAAAGAACAACCAACAACGGGAAUCAGGGUACUACUCUUCUCCAGAGCGCAGUGAGUCCUCUGAGCUUUUGGGGGGUGCCAGUAUGUCUCUGGUAGCCAGCUCCCCUCCUAAAAGGGCAAUUGGAAGAAAGGGCAUCUUGAAACGAAACGGCAAGUACUCCACCUACAGCGGGGUGCCGUCAGCAGUAACAGUGGCAAGAGUCCUUAAUGACCCUCCUCCCCCAGCUGACUCUGGCCUGUCCCGCAGUCAGAGUCGACCCUCCAGCAUAGUGGGAGAAGAUAGUUCCGUCCUGUCCCUGUCACCAAGCUCCUUAAGUGGGGCUGAGUGGCAUCCCUCCACUCCACACCACCACCCAAACAUCAGGGCUUGUGUAUCUGCUGAAAACCUUCUGCAUCUUUCCAACUUCAAGGGUUUCCAGACUGCCCCACCUCUCCAGGGGCCCAAGUUCAACCUUGGCUCCAAAGCGAAAGGCUCCCCAGGGGACAAUGGAAGCUUCUCCUUGCUGGGGGAUCUGGAGGACAUGACUCAGGUGUACCAGCAAGCCCUGGACAUCAGCAGCAACCUCACCUAAAGAGACGACGAGAAGGAGCAGAGGGAUUCAAACGUGACUGUCUUUGUGGUUGGUGUGUGCACUGAUGGGUCUGCAUGACAUUAACGACCAGUGCAUUACUGGGAUACACCUUCAGGAGUUUGUGGCUUUUGAAAUCUUGAUAGCAAAGCCAUGUCUCUGUUCACAGACAUGCUCACACAAAGUGCAUUUCUUUGACAGGAGAAAAUCAAAUCAAGGUUUUGUUAACAGUAAAAAGGUCAGUGCCCGCACGGCAGAAUGCCACCCACUCUGCUUUUGGGCUGAUGUAGACUCCACGUUCAACAUGUUUACAUAUUCAGCAAAACGGCAAGUUUGAAUCCCAAACGCAGCAGCCACAAGCUGCCUCCCUCUCCUUCUUCUACACCACCUAAUUCAAAUAUGAGUUUACAAAAGCACCUUAAAACUCACAGAGAGCACAUGCUUUUGUGACUUUUACUUCUUUUGAAAGAACAAAAAAACCAGGGUCUUGUUCCAAAGAAAGAAAAAAAAAUCCUAAAAACUAUCUUUAUUAUUUAUUGAUAUUUUGUAGCUUUAGUUAAGUGCAAAACUGGUGCAUGGUGGCUAUAACUGGAAGGGUCUGAAGUUCCUUGUCUCAAGCUCCUUCAGUGGAACUGACAUAUAUAAUUAUGUUACUCAGUAAUGAUAAACAUACAUAUAUAUCUGCAUCUGCGCAUACAACACACGCAGACAAAUAUACCUUAAUAAAAGCAUAUGUCCUAUAUAUAUAUGUAUGAAAUUAGGGAAUUUGUAGGAAGUGCCUUUUUCUGUUUAAAAAUAUAAAAAAAAAUUAUGUAUGUCAUUUCCUUAAAGUAGAGGGGAAAGCCAGGCCACCCUGUCACCAGAUGAGCUUUUUACAUGUUAUUUGUGAAUGUGCAGAAACCCAGGGCCUUUAAGAACUCAGCUGACCUGCUUUACCUGUUUUGAAGGUUAAAGGUCAAAGUGAGGCAACAGCGAUAAAAACAGUUCCGACCCCACCCACUUCUCCUUUCACAUGUACUAUAUAUGUGACCAAAAAACAUUUUAGUUUUUUUCAGCAGUUAAAGCUGGUCUGCAUAAAGUCACCUGGCAGCAAAAGAGGUCUGGAGGGGCUCACCUUGUGGGACAUCUAGUAAAGGGAGAUGGUGGAGACACCACCUCACAGUCCUGGAAUGUGCCUGGAUUUUUAUAAUUUUAAAGGGAAAAAAAUAACAUGUUAUUUUAUUGUAUUAUUAUUUUAAGACUUGCAGAGUAAUUUCAAUCGUAGAAGUUUACCUGUACCUCUUUGAAACUGCUAAGUAAGGUGGUUUGUCUUAGCUUGCUGACGAAGAAGCAAAUCCCCCAGACAAAAGCUGGACGCGUGUGGGUGCUACAGAUCCCUCAUCAGCCUCAAACCAGCUCAGCACAGGUGGGAUCUCCAGAUUCCACUCAGCCCUCUAGCUGUGUAUACUACUUCAUUAUGUCAGCCAAGCACAAUUAGCCGGCCUGUUGUUUUUAUUUGAGCGUAUGAGAGAGGAAGUGCGUAGAGAUUUAUAGCUGUAGGGGAAAAAGAAAGUGUGAAAGAAAGAUGCAGCGCAGAAAUUGGAAAAGGAGUUGGCUGUGAAAUGCCAAGGUUGAGGUGUUAGAUUUAUUUUGUGAAAGAUUUGUGAAGUAGAGUAGAGGAAGUAAAGAAAGUUGGUCGAAAGAGUAGAUGGAAAGGAGAUGGAAAGUUUUUGCUUCACACCAAAAAUGUGAAGAGGCUUUGACAUGAUUUCUUCAGGGACUGGAGCAAAUCAGUUUUCCCAGUUGGUAAAUGAAUCAAUCCCCCUCUGGUUUUACCUCACUUUUCUCUUCUUUGACUUUAUGUUUCGAGAUGCUGCAGGCUGUUGACACAGCUUGUAUAGAGGCUAUACAUGCGUGACAAGUCGUUCGCUUGGCUCUACAAAGCAUAUAAUUCAUCUCUGCAGAUUCAAAAAAAUACUGGUGAACAAGCGCUGAUGUCAUUCACGGUAUUAAAAGCUCUGCCGUGCUGUAGAUCACCCUAAAGAUACAAGCUUGAAUGUUUUUAGUUGUCAGCUCAUGUGAAGGUAAGGUCCUGGGUAGAGAGUCAGAUGAAUGACCCGCUGCAUAUAUUACUGCUUUUUAUUGCCUUUUGUAUCGCAUUUUAUUGUCAACUGGAUUACAGUGAGAAAAUUAUACUAUGUUAGUAUUUUGUUUUAUUAUGCCUCUGUUUUUGAUUUUACAAAAUCUAAGAACUGCAUUGUGAAUAACAAACAAAAAAAAUACUUCCUUCAUUGAAGUAUUAAAAUGUCUCUCCAUAAAGCAAAUUUAAUGUGAAAUUGAGAUGAUGACUUUUUCCCUAUGUUGUGGUACAGCUAAUAAAGCUUAAAAAAAUCCAAUUAAAAUGCAAAUCUAAUCUUAAAAUGGGUGUAUUUACACCAAUAUUUCAAAAGUUGAUGCUAAAAAUGUUGUAUUUUCUCAUCUACCAAAGUAAAAGGAGGCCCAAAAAUGCUGGAAGAACACCAAACAAAAUGGAGAUAGAGCAGCAAAAAGAAUCCAAACUUUGACUCUGCCAAACUGGAAAUUACUGGUGCAUAUUUUUUAGAUAAAAAAACGUUUAAUCAUAGGAAUACUUGACUGGAUUUUGUUAUUACAGUAAUAAUAAAUUAGUAUUGUUAUAUUAUUUAAGUAUAUUUUCUUUAGAUGUCAUUACCUUUAUUGGCAAGUGCCCCUAUUUGGUUUUGCUUUUUUUUUAAAUAGGUCAGUGAUCCUGGACUGUCAAGGUUUAUUAAGUUGUGUGCCUAUGGUAUAUUUCAUAAACUUUUUUUUGGUGUUUGUAUGUGAAAACUUGUGUUUUUUUAUACCUGUAUUUAUUGAUCAAGCCAUUUAAUUUCCCUUUUGUUUUGUUUUUAUAAACUACUCCAUUUUUGCUUUAGCCUGCUUUGGAUCCAAUGUGUUUCCAAAUGAGUGUCAUCAUCUCAUUGAGAAGGUCAAAGUGCGAGUGAAUCAAAUAGUCAAAGAAAGGUAUGUGAAAUCCUGUAAAAUGUCUUAAUCCUUCAGGUCAACACGAUGCCCCUGUAGUACUGUAUCAAGACAAAUAAAUGGAUCUUGACAAUU